CGGCGCUUCUGCAAAUGUGUUGGCAAGGGAGACCCAGCGGUUCAUUCAUCUCCCUCCACAGAUACAGAGAGAGAGAGAGAGAGAGGUGCUGAACUCGGGCGGGAGCUUGCUUUACAUGAGGGACGGACUGUUGUGGAGGAAAAUACUGCCGUGACAUCAAGCAGGGAAGCACUUUGCUCGUCAGAAGGAGCUGAAUAUUCCUCCAGAUAUAUAACAGGAGAGGUGAGGUAUCAUGGGGAAACACAACAGUAAGCUGGCCCCCGAGGUCCUGGAUGACCUGACCAAGAGCACAGAGUUCAACGAGGCAGAGCUCAAGCAGUGGUACAAAGGCUUCCUCAAAGACUGUCCCUCUGGCAUUCUCAACCUGGAGGAGUUUCAGCAGCUCUACGUUAAGUUUUUCCCGUAUGGCGACGCAUCAAAAUUUGCUCAGCACGCCUUUCGCACCUUUGACAAGAAUGGUGACGGGACCAUCGACUUCAGGGAGUUCAUCUGUGCCCUGUCCAUCACCUCCAGGGGGAGCUUUGAGCAGAAACUCAACUGGGCCUUCAACAUGUAUGAUCUGGACGGAGACGGAAAGAUCACACGCAUGGAGAUGCUGGAGAUCAUAGAGGCCAUCUACAAGAUGGUGGGCACGGUGAUAAUGAUGCGCAUGAAUGAGGAUGGGCUGACGCCCCAGCAGCGCGUCGACAAGAUCUUCUCCAAGAUGGACAAGGACCACAACGACGAGAUCACCCUGGAAGAGUUUAAAGAGGCUGCCAAGUCCGACCCGUCCAUUGUCUUACUGCUGCAGUGUGAUAUGCAGAAGUAGAAGGGGAGGGGCGGGGAAAGCAGGGAGGGAUGGGGUAAGAGGUGAACUGAAACUGGGGAAGGGAGGAGGCUGAGAAGAGACAGGGAGGGAUGCGUUUCUGCAGGAGGAGGAGGGAUCCAUGACCGGAACUGUGCAGACCUCUUGAUUGAUGCCAUUCCACUUUGUCCCACUGAGCUGUCCUCUGCUUCACUCUAGAUGAGAGGCUCGACAAAUGCGGUCAGAUGGUCUGCGAAAAGCGGAAUUCCCUCCUGCUGCAUUUGGCGCAGAGCAGAGCAGCAUGGUGUUACUCGUGCUUUCACACUGUGCCGAAUGUGAGAUCACAGGGCUGCAGGGUAACAGCACUGUGGAGAUCAGCUAUACCGAGAAUGCUACUUUAUAUCCAUGCAAGCCUAGACGUUUCAUUAGUUCAACGUCCACAGUGCAUUUGAAGCCUUCUAAAAAGUGAGGGGCAUUUAACCAACUAAGGGCAAGUUGUUUAUCCGUAGUUUCAGGCAAUAAGCGCAAACACUGCUGGGUGAGCAGUGAAACGACCUGUUUGUGCGUCUGUCACUGUAUGUGUUUCUGCCUUAUGCAGGCUGGAGCCAGAUGCACUGUUCAGGGCAGACCCUGGCUGCACCGACUAGAUCCUCCCCAGCCAAAUUCCCCGCUGCUCCUGGCGAGUGUUUCGCCGCAGAUUACUGCUCAGUGUCCACCAGCUAAACACCAGGCAGGCAGCUGAUGAAAAGUGUCACACUGCUGCCUCCAGCAGCAUGGCGACGCAUACCGAUGUGCUCCCCGGUCACUUCUAGCUGCGAUAACAAAAAUCAAUCUUUUGGUCAAAGGGCUUGUAAUCUAGUUCAUGCUAAGACUUGUGACGCUACCUGAGCUUUUGUUCGGCAGGUUGUGUUCCAGUCUCCCCGCUCCACGAAACAAACGCACGCCGAAUCCUACAAAGCGCAGUCUUUCUUCAGUAAAACCCCGUAUUUGAUCAAGAAGGAGGAGGCCCUUGACCAUCUGAGAGCGGGGGUAAUCGCAGCAGUAAUUAUAGAUCUUAUGACAGAAUGGUAUUUCUGAGAAAGGCCAAAGCUGCCUCCGUGAUUCAACGUUGUUUCGCAUUAGAUGGCCGUCGCUUCCCUUCCGCUCCCCGCGCCCUGCCGCUGCCCCGUUUCUGUUUUCUUCCUCCCUAAAUGUCAGAGAGGAAGCGCUUUGAUAAUAGGUAAAGAGAGAGGAACUUUGCUCUGAUCUACAAUCGAUGAGAAGGGGAGCAAAAGGUUGAAGGGGUAGCUCAGGUGGAGUGCGUGUCACCCGCGUUAAGCCAGACGAGAGAAGGGAACCGACUGGCGUUACUACAUAUUAGCAUUAAAUAGCCUGAGAUAUAUAGAAACCAUUGUGUGGUGGUUUGCUUUAAAACAGUGCUAAAUUAGUGUCUUUUCUGGGGGAGUUUUGCCAGUCACUACUUUCUCGCCCCUGAUGCAGAUCCAGUACAUCCUAGUCAGAUUUCCUGUCCAAUUCUUCUUUAAAGUCAAAGGCAUGAAUAUCUAUGUAACUUCAAAUGGUUUAAGGAGUUGUAAGGUGAUGCUCUAUAUGUCACUCAGCAAACACAUUGCAGAUGGAGCAGUACCUGCUUAGAUUGACUGGCUGUACCAGGAGGACAUAUAUCUAACUUGACAUACAGCUUCAGUACUCUUGCUCUAACUGGCAACGCUCUAACAAGGAACAGUUUGCUGAAGGGUCCGGCUGAAGCUAGCAUAUAUUAGUCUCUCUUUUGAUAUGACCUGUUAAUAAUUCGAACCACAGCAUAGUUGAAUGUUAAUCGUGGGACAAAGAAAGUUGUUCUUCUGCUCCAUAACGUUGCGUUUCUGUUUGAGCUGCUCUCGACCAGGCGAGCAGGCGUAGCCGUCCCCAAAGCUCUUUCUCUGUGAACGUCAUCAUAACACGUUGAUUGUUAAGGAAAACAAAUCAGACUCACCAGGACAGCGUAAUAACGUGACCGGCCAGUAACGGCGGUCUGCAAGCCAUUGACAACAAACAUGGCCAUGGGUUUAGAAGACGUGGCCUUGGGAAGUGCAGCAACACGGGUCGCUGUGGCGACAAAGUCACGGACAUUUCACCAACAACAAGCAUGUCAUAGUCUCAUUCCAAAAAAAUCAAAUUGUUAUGAACAGUAGAAGCUAGUUGGCUCUUCCUCUCUGCUUUUUCUUUAAUAUUUCCAGACGGCUGCCAUUCCUAUUAUAGUUUAAACCUGAUUAUUAUAACGUCAUCAUCAUCUAUCGAUACUUCCGUUGCACGUGCUGCAUGUCAGCAGCUAUUAGUGAGCAUGUCCCGGAGAUGGUGGUAAACUUUAUUUUGUUCUUUGUCAGAGUGAAGUUAUUCCAGUGAUAAAGCCCCUGCUCCUGUCUGCAGGCUGUUCUAGCUCCUUUCCUUCAGGCGGAACACGGCUGUGUGCUGGCUGUAUUUAGGAAAGGUGAGAAACGAAGGCGCCCCGCUGUCCUACACCUGUUUCAGCGUAGCCCAACGUAAAGGCCAUGAUCUCCUCCUCCACUGCAGACGCUCCCUCCCUGAUUGUCCAGAAAGAGCCUCCUUUGUGCGGUGAUGUAAAAAGCCUACAUGUACAUUAUUACAAUACCAGUGUAAUUGGAUUUAUGAAUAUAAGCAAAUAUAAGAUGUAAAUGUACCGAUAGCAUAGACCUGAUUUCAUUUUACAACACUGCUACUGAAAGAACGAUUGCAUCUGUGUGUGCCUGAGUUAAUAUUGAAUUGACUUCAAAGCUGUGUGCGUGCGUGUGAGUGUAUGUAAUUGGGGGGGGGUGGGGGUGGGGGUGGGGGGGUUACUGUUUGAGCGUUCAGUGUUUUGUAUUUGUAUCAUUUGCGUAACAAGAGACGCCUCAGUCUAGUUUCACUUUGUAACAAUGUGAAUGUGACCUCCUCCUCUCUGAAGCACCGAGUAUUAUUGCCCUCAUAUGUUUGCUUUUGUGGUCUGCAGGUAUACACUGUGUACUGUCCCCCCCCCCCCCCCCCCCCCCCCCAUGGAAGAGCCUACUGUCGCAAUGCUACAAGUAACAAGCCAAUAUGACGGUUAGUUUGCACCAAACGGUAGAGCUGACAGUUCAUUAUCCAGCCUCAGCUUUCAGGAGAUGGCUCUCAGAGAUGGACGCGAUAAAAAAGCAUCGCUGUGUCACAGUGUCACCUAGUGGUUAAAAUAAUAUCAUCAUGUCUGGAAACUUCUGUUGCUGCAUGUUUCCUUUGUUAAUAGGCCACUAACGAGCCUGGAGAUCAAAGUGAGCAACAUCUUCUAUUGCAGGAAAUGUAUUUUGUUUUUUUUAACAGCCAAACUAAUCUUUGUCCACCCCAAAGAGCCAUUUAUUUAUCUUUUACAUAGUUGAUGUUGGUUAAACAAAGGCAAAAGUGCAAGAAUGCAAAGUUAUGACAUGACCUAAACCUUUUUAGCCUUUGUGGGUAAAAAGAUGGAAAAAAGGACGUUAACUCCUACUUAGUGGAACAUUUCUUAGCCUUAACUUUCUAGUUGCACUAAGAAAAAGUGACAAACCCACUGAGAAUGAUCUGUCAACUACGCCUAAAAGGGACACAUCAUGCUUUUUAAUGCCUUCCAUUUCCCAUUGAAAUAAUUCAGCUGUCGUUUAUAUAAAUUGGAACUUCAA